AUGUCAUCGUCAUCAAAACGAUAUACUCCGAGUAAAAAUUAUGAUGAUAGUCUAUUCGAAGAUUUGGACAAAGCAUUAAAUAAUGCAACAAAUAAAUUAUUUGAUAAUAAUCAACAUCUACAAUCUAAUGAUCUGUUGUUUAAAAGUAGUAGAAAUAAUUCAUUCAAUUCCAUAGGUAAUAAUAGUAAUAAUUCAGGAAUACCGUUACGAACCUUACAUUCAAAUCAAGAUGUAUUUACUGGAGAAGAAGAUGAAUCAUUAUUAAACGAUGGUAGGUUCUCCAUUAAUUCCUCGAACACUUCAAUAAAUACCCUACCAAGCAAUUCAAUUUCAUCAAAAUUUAAAAGAUUUUACAAAAAAUUAAUCCUACAGUUCAACAAUGCUAAAAGAGAGCUAAAUCAAGACAGACUAAAAGAAUCCGGAGCUUCAGAUUUUAGAAUAAAUAAUCUAAGUAAUGAAAGAUAUAUUUCAGCAAAAACUACAUUUCAAAGGGCUAAUAAUAUAUAUCCAUCUAAUUCAAUUUCAAAUGCAAAAUAUAAUCCAAUAACUUUUAUUCCAUUAAUAUUAUAUGAACAAUUUAAAUUUUUUUUCAAUUUAUAUUUUUUAAUAGUUGCACUUUCACAAAUAGUCCCACAAUUAAGAAUAGGUUAUCUAUCUUCAUAUAUCGUACCAUUAGCGUUUGUAUUAAUGGUGACUAUGUUGAAAGAAGCUAGUGAUGAUAUAAGUAGAAGAAGAAGAGAUUCAGAACAAAAUUCCGAAAAAUAUGAAGUACUAAAUAGAAUUUCAACAGGAUUAAUUCCUGAAUCAAAAUCAGUAUCAUCGAAAGAUUUAAGAGUUGGAGAUUUAAUAAGAUUACAUAAAGAUGUAAGAAUUCCUGCAGAUUUAGUACUACUACAAUCAACUGAAAAAACAGGUGAAGUCUUUAUUAAAACAGAUCAAUUAGAUGGUGAAACAGAUUGGAAAUUAAGAAUAGCACCGAGUGUAACACAAAAUUUAUCUUCUUUAACUCAAUUAAUAAACUCAGUAUCAUUAGUUAUAGGUAAUCCAACAAAAUCAAUUCAUUCUUUCAAUGGUCAAUUAGUUUAUAACCCACCUACUGCUAAUGGAACAACAUCUCCUUCAAAUGCAGAGUCAUAUCCGUUAUCAGUUGAUCAAACGUUAUGGGCUAAUACGGUCUUAGCUUCCGGUGGAGCAAUAGGUAUGGUGAUAUAUACAGGACUUGAGACAAGGCAACUGAUGAAUACCACUAAAAGUGGAGUUAAAACAGGAUUACUAGAAAUUGAAAUAAACAGUCUAUCUAAAAUUUUGUGUGCUGUUGUUUUAGCACUUUCUGUUGUUUUGGUAUUGGCUCAUGGGUUUCCAUUAGGUGAAACAUGGUAUAUUGAUAUAAUGAGAUUUUUAAUUUUAUUCUCAUCUAUAAUUCCCGUCUCAUUGAGAGUCAAUUUGGAUUUAGCAAAAUCAGUUUAUGCAUCACAAAUACAAAAUGAUGAAGCUAUACCUGGAACUAUUGUUAGAACAUCUACAAUACCUGAAGAUUUAGGUAGAGUGGAAUAUUUAUUGAGUGAUAAAACAGGUACUUUAACAAGAAAUGAAAUGGAACUUAAGAAAUUACAUUUGGGUUCAGUUAGUUAUGCUGGUGAUACAUUGGAUAUCGUCAGUGAAUAUGUUAAUAAUCUUAUCAUUUAUAUCAAUUCACCACAAUUUACGCUGAAAAAGAAGGAUUUAAGUGCAAAAGUAUGUGAUUUAGUGUUGACUUUGGCAAUUUGUCAUAAUGUAACACCUGUUUAUGAUGAUGAAUAUACAGAAGAUCCAAGUGAAGUAACAUAUCAAGCAGCAUCACCUGAUGAAAUAGCUAUUGUUAAAUUUUGUGAAACUGUUGGUUUAAAACUUUUCAAACGUGAUAGACAUUCUAUUUCAUUAACGCAUUUAAGUACUGGUGAAAUUCUUGAAUUUGAAAUAUUAUAUAAUUUUCCAUUCAGUUCAGAAAUUAAAAGAAUGGGUAUAUUAGUUAGAAGUAAGUUCAAAGAUCGUCAAAUUUGGUUUAUGCAAAAGGGGGCAGAUACAGUCAUGUCAACUAUUGUGAAUUCUAAUGAUUGGUUAGAUGAAGAAACUGGAAAUAUGGCAAGAGAAGGUUUAAGAACUUUAGUAAUUGGUAGAAAAUCAUUAUCAGAAAAUUCAUUUCAAGAUUUUACUGAAAAUUAUAAAGAAGCUUCAUUAUCAAUGCAAGAUCGAGAUUAUUCUAUGCAAAAUGUUAUCAGUUAUUAUUUGGAAAAAGAUUUAGAACUUUUAGGAUUGACAGGUGUUGAAGAUAAGUUACAACAUGAUGUCAAAUCAUCUAUUGAAUUAUUGAGAAAUGCUGGAAUAAAAAUUUGGAUGUUGACAGGUGAUAAAGUCGAAACAGCUAAAUGUGUUUCAAUCAGUGCAAGAUUAAUUUCGAGAGGUCAAUAUGUUCAUCAAAUCACAAAGUUAAUUAAUCCUGAUUCUGCAAUGGAUCAAAUGGAAUAUCUUCGAAACAAUACAAACACAUGUUUAUUAAUUGAUGGUGAAUCUUUAGGAACUUAUAUGAAAUAUCAUAGCAAAGAAUUCUUUGAAAUAGCUAUUAAAUUACCAGCCGUUAUAGCAUGUCGUUGUUCACCUCAACAAAAAGCAGAUGUAGCAAUAAAUAUUAGACAAAUUACAGGUAAAAGAGUUUGUUGUAUAGGUGAUGGUGGUAAUGAUGUAAGUAUGAUUCAAUCGGCCGAUGUUGGUGUAGGUAUUGUUGGAAAAGAAGGUAAACAAGCUUCAUUAGCUGCAGAUUUUAGUAUUGAUCAAUUUUGUUAUUUAUCUAAAUUAUUAUUAUGGCAUGGUAGAAAUUCAUACAAGAGAUCUGCAAAAUUAGGUCAAUUUAUCAUUCAUCGUGGACUUUUAAUUUCAGUUGCUCAAGCUGUAUACUCAAUAAGUUCUAAAUUUGAACCUAUAGCGUUAUAUCAAGGCUGGUUAAUGGUUGGUUAUUCAACAUUAUAUACCAUGGCACCAGUAUUUUCAUUAACUUUAGAUUGUGAUAUUGAUGAACAUUUAACAAAAGUUUAUCCAGAAUUAUAUAAAGAAUUAACAUUAGGAAAAUCAUUAUCAUAUAAAACAUUCUUUAUGUGGGUAUUUAUUAGUUUAUAUCAAGGAUGUGUGAUUCAAAUUAUUUCACAAUUUUUACAAACUUUACAAGAAUCUAAAUUUAAAUCUAUGGUUACUUUAUCAUUUUCAUGUUUAGUUUAUAAUGAAUUAUUCAUGGUUGCAUUAUCGAUAAAUAAAUGGAAUAAAAUUAUGAUUGCAACAAUAGUUUUAACUUUCUUAUGUUAUAUUGGUUCAAUUCCAUUCCUAGGUGAUUAUUUUGAUUUUAAAUAUAUUACAUCAAUAAGUUAUAUUUGGCAAACUGGAUUAAUUAUGUUAGUCAGUUUAUUCCCUGUUUGGUUAGUUCAAUAUUUAAACAGAAGGUUAAGACCACCAAAUUACGCAAAAGUUCAACAAGAUUAA